AUGUCUGGAAAACUCGACCAGUCUCUCGAUGAGAUCAUGAAGGACAGCGGCGCAACCCGCAGCCCACGUCGCGGCAAGGGUGGCCGACUCCCAAACCGCAAAGCCGCACAGAAGUCCAGGGCUGCCACCACCGCAGUCAUCGCACCAGCUGGCGGCGUCCAGAAGCCGACCAAGCGCGCCAAGCCAGCGAGGGAUGCGAGGGUACCCGCGAUUCCCGUCGCACCAUCUUCCGGAGAGAGCAAGAUCAGUGUGUCCAACCUCCCCGGCGAUGUGGAGGAGCCUAUGAUCAAGGACUACUUCGCCUCCACGGCUGGACCAGUCAAGAGAGUCAUCCGCAACUACAACCAGCAUGGGAAGUUCAACGGCUCCUGCGUCAUCAUCUUCAGCAAGCCAGACGCAGCAGCCAAGGCCGCGAAGUCUGACGGCACCAAGGUCGAUGGCAAGCCACUGAGGAUCGAGAUUCUCGUGAGCGGCAAGCAAGUCGUUCCACCAAAGUCUCUCGCAGACCGCGUUUCUGCUCCGAAGAACGCGGCCAGGGAGACCCAGAAGAAGAACCAGAAGAAGGAAGGUCCAAAGCCUGCCGCAAACGGCGAGAAGAAGAAGGAAGGCGCGAAGAAGUCUGGUCGCGCAGGCCGACCCAAGAAGAAGACGGCGGAGGAGCUCGACGCAGAGAUGCAGGACUACUUCGGCGGAGGUGAGGCUCCCGCAGCCACCACCAACGGCGCCGCUCAGCCAGCAGCGGUCACCACUAACGGUGGCGAUGCCAUGGACGAGGUCUUGUAG